UAGUGCUGGUGGUUCACUUUUCGGGCGCCGAGCUCUUUCUCUGGCCAGCGGAGCGGUGCCGCGGCCGAGAACCGGAUUGCGGAGUUCGAGCGGCUCUUCUUUCCUCCUUAGAAUCUACUUUGCCGUCCCAAGGCGGCUCCAGCUAUGUCCGCGCUGCGACCUCUCCUGCUUCUGCUGCUACCUCUGUGUCCCGGUCCUGGUCCUGGACCCCGGAGCGAAGCAAAGGUCACCCGGAGUUGUGCAGAAACCCGAGAGGUGCUGAGGUCACGGGGAUAUAGCUUAAACCAAAUCCCUCCCGCUCUGAUCUCAGGUGAGCACCUCCAGGUCUGUACCCAGGAGUACACCUGCUGUUCCAGUGAGACAGAGCAGAGGCUGACCAGGGAGGCCGAGGCCACCUUCCAAGGCCUGGUGGAGAACAGCGGCUCCUUUCUGGUUCACACACUGGCUGCUGGGCACAGAAAAUUUGAUGAAUUUUUUCGGGAGAUGCUCUUGGUAUCCCAGCACUCCCUGACCCAGCUCUUCUCACACUCCUAUGGCCGCCUGUAUGCCCAGCACAAACUCAUAUUCAAUGGCCUGUUCGCUCAGCUGCGGGACUACUACGGGGUGUCCGGUGAGGGGUUAGAGGACAUCUUGGCGGAUUUCUGGGCACAGCUCCUGGAGAGAGUGUUUCCCAUGCUGCACCCACAGUACAGCUUUUCCCCUGACUACCUGCUGUGCCUCACACGCCUCGCCUCCACUGCUGAUGGCUCUCUGCGGCCCUUCGGGGACUCACCCCACCGCCUCCGCGUGCAGAUAACUCGGGCCCUGGUGGGUGCCCGGGCCUUUGUCCAGGGCCUGGAGACUGGAAGAAUUAUGGUCAGCGAAGCACUUAAGGUGGAGGUGUCUCAAAGCUGUAGCCAGGCUCUGAUGCAUCUGAUUGGCUGCCCCUUUUGCCAGGGGGUCCCCUCUCUUCUGCCCUGCUGGGGUUUCUGCCUCAAUGUGGUUCGUGGCUGUCUGAGCAACAAGGGACUGGAGCCUGAGUGGAGCAGCUUUCUGGAUGGUAUUCUGCUCCUGGCUGAGAAACUCCAGGGCCCCUUUUCCUAUGAGCUGGCAGCUGAGUCCAUUGGGGUGAGGGUCUCAGAAGGUUUGAAGCACCUGCAGGAAAACAAUGCAAAGUUUUCAGCCCAGGUGUUUCAGGAAUGCGGCACCCCCCACCUCGUGCCGGCCCGCAACCGCCGAGCCCUGGCGCCCCCGGAAGAGGCGGGCCGGCUGUGGACCCUGGUGGCCGAGGAGCAGCGGCCCACGACAGCAGCGGGCACCAACCUGCACCGGCUAGUGCGGGAGCUCCGCGAGCGGGUGGGCCGGAUGCGGAACUUCUGGGCCCGGCUGUCCCAGACGGUGUGCGGCGACUCCCGCAUGGCGGCGGACAUCUCGCAGAAGGCGGCGCCCUGCUGGACCGGAGCGGAGCGGGGCCGGUACUUGGCACCCGCGCUCGGGGGCACCUUGACCGAGAGGCUCCAGAACCCCGAUCUGGAGACGGAAGACUCGGGAGCCGACUUCGAGACACGGCGGCGACUGCUGCAUCUCCGGGCGGCCACGGCCAGGAUGAGGGAGGCGGCGUUCGGAAGCGACCCGGAGAAUCAGGAAGCGGAAGAGGACGCCAGCGGCUCUGGAGGGGGACAGCAUUAUGCAGAUGACUGGAUGGCUGGGGCAGCAGCUGUGCCACCCCCAGCCCAGCCUCCUUGGCUUCCUCGCCCACCUCGAAGGGACAGUUCCGGGGUCAGAGCAGGAGGUGGCGGUGCCCGCUACAACCAGGGCAGGAGCAGGAGUCGGGGGGCGUCUAUUGGUUUUCACACCCAACCCAUCCUUAUUCUCCCGCUCUCAGCGCUGGCUCUGCUUGGACCUCGAUAACAAGGGAGGGGUGCCCUAGCAUCAAAAGGGUUCAUUGCCCCUUCCUCUCCUCCCCCCUCAGCUGGGUCCAGGGAGGAGUCGAAGGGGGCUGCAGAGAGGUUGGAGAGGUGAAUGGCUGAGGCCCCAAA